GAUGCAUUUGCAUAAGAAAUUGAGUUUUCCAAUUGCUCGGCGUUAGUACUAGUCGCCGAAUCUGGCACCGAUCAUUUCUAAUAAAAAUACACGACAUUCCUCCCUAUCACCAUCUUUUUAAACAAGUUUAGUUCAUUCAUUUUAUGGAUUAAUCAUGGAGAAAGUCGAAACUUCACAUUCAGAUCAUAACGAUCGACGAGAAUCUCACACUUCUCAUACCGACGAAGAAUCCUCAAUAUCGUCUUCUUCACACCAUAACCAUGAAAAUGACGACAUUUCUCGAACGUACUCCCUCGGUGACACUGAAUGGCAGAGUAUUCGUGCCCCGACAAAUGGAAUGAGCAUGACGAGGACUGUUUCGAGGAGGGAAUCUGUUUUAUCGAGGAUUAGAUCACGGCCUAUUCCGCAGUUUACGCAUCCUCUUGCGCAUGUGAAAACUACAGAGGAUCAGCUUGUUGAUUUUGAGGGACCUGAUGAUCCGUACAGACCCAUGAAUUGGCCUAACAAGAAGAAGAUUCUUACGACGAUGCUUUACGGUCUAGUUACAAUGUCAGCGACUUGGGCGUCUUCGUCGUAUUCUUCCGGCACAGCACAAGUAGCGUCCCACUUCCACGUCGGAACGCAAGUCGCAACUCUCGGCACAACACUCUUCCUCGUGGGAUUCGGAAUAGGGCCUUUGCUUUGGGCGCCGUUGAGUGAAGUCUACGGAAGACGACAGGCAGUGCUUAUUCCGAUGUUUAUAGCGAUAUGCUUCAGUUUCGGAAGUGCAGUCGCGAAAGACUUUCAGACGUUGAUGAUUACGAGGUUCUUUUGUGCGUUCUUUGCUUCGGCGCCUGUAACGAAUACGGGUGGUGUUUUGGGGGAUUUGUUUUUGCCGUCGGAGAGGGGGAUUGCUAUGGCGGGGUAUGCUAUGGCUGUUGUUGGAGGUCCAGUUCUCGGUCCUAUUGUAUCAGCUGCUGUUGUGCAGGAACCGAGUUUGGGUUGGAGAUGGACUGAGUACCUUACUGGUAUUGUUCAGAUCAUCUUUUUAACUCUGGCUGUUAUCUUUGUUGAUGAGAGUUAUCCACCUAAACUUCUCAUUUACAAAGCUCGAAGACUACGUCAUGAAACGGGUAAUUGGGCUCUUCACGCGAAAUUCGAAGAAUGGGAUGUUAGCAUCCAAGAGCUUGCGCGAAAGUUCUUGGUCAGGCCCGUUCAGCUCCUCAUGACGCCUAUUUGCUUCCUCGUUGCUUUAUAUGCCAGUUUCUGCUACGGUAUUCUCUACAUGCAACUUGGCGCUAUUCCCAUCAUCUUCAGAGAGAUCAGGGGCUGGGGCAUUCUGGUAUCUUCACUACCUUUCAUCUGCAUUCUCCUCGGAGCCAUUCUCGGAUGCGGAGCAAACGUGUAUAACCAGCUGCUCUACAACAAAGCGUACCACGCAGCUGGAAACCGAGCUGUCCCCGAAAAACGCCUUCCUCCUAUGAUGAUUGGCUCCGUCAUCUUCAGCGGUGGCCAAUUCCUCAUCGGAUGGACUGCAGAGAAGGAUAUUCACUGGGUGGUUCCCUGCAUUGGUCUCGUCUUGUUGGGAACAGGUUUCUUUACUAUCUUCCAGGCAGCGCUGAACUACUUGGUCGAUACGUUUACUAUGUACGCGGCAUCAGCUGUUGCGGCUAACACGUUCCUACGAUCUUGCUUUGCAGCUGCUUUCCCACUGGUCGUUGGACCUUUGUAUCACAACAUUGGUGUUGGACCUGGGUCUAGUAUCACUGGUGGUUUUGCAGCGUUGUUGAUUCCUGUUCCGUUUGUGUUUUAUAUUUAUGGCAAGAGGAUUAGAGCUAGAUCGAAAUGGUCAAAGGCUUCGGUUUAUGACUAAAGAAACAUCUUUAACUAGAGGGGUUAUAAAAGAUUGCCAAAAUAAAUGUAUAGAUAGUCUAAAGAUUGC